UGCGUUUCUAUCCAACAUCCGGCCCCCCAAUAUGAUUUGAUUUGUACUACACUGGCAGUGCCAGGGCGUGCAUACCUCUCGGUACUUUCUACUAAUUACUGUGGUCCGAAGUCCUGCAGUGCCCAUGUCUCUCAACCCCAGCUUCCACCGGAAGUCAGAAAAUCAUGUCGAUCCUCGACUAUGGAAAAGCCACCUCCAUCUCCAUCUCCACCUCCACUGCACUACUACUACGGAUUCCACCCAUCGCCCACAACCAACAGAACCCCACGCUAACGCGGGCAUCAAUGACUCGGAGUUUGAUGACUUCCCGUCCAAUUUGAACCUGCCGGCCCCUGCAGUUUGUAUACGAGUCGCAACGGUGCUCUGAACGGCUUGAGUCAGGGGACAGAAACGACAAGAGCUCCUUCGGCCGGACAGCUCACUGUCAUUGACAUGAAGGGGUCUGGUACUUUACACGCCAACUUGCAGGGUGCAUUGAGUUUGUCAACUUCUUUUUCCCCCCCUUGAUAGGGAGUUCAAACCCCCCUUCGAAUUUCACCGGGCGCACAUGCUCCAAAAGUAACAACCUUUCCGAUCUGAGCAGCAGGGACUGUAGCGACCUCCCACUGCAGUGGUGGUGGCUAGUGGCUUGCCGAUAGCGAACGCAAGUCGCAAGCCAUCCUGGCCCCUCAAAACCCCCUGCGGGUUGUCGAGCCAGCUAACUAUGGAUGCGGGGUUUGCAUGAAUGCAGGGAACAAGGUCAGUGUCAUCAGUGUUCGAGUGACAGCGGUGGGAAUCCUACCGGCCGACACUGCCAGUGGGCAGCUGAGAAGGGACCUUUUGCCGUCUUUGCCAUUUCCCACCUCCAAUUCUCAUACUAGUUGUUCAGUUGCAAUCAGGUCAGCCGCCUCGUUGGACGGCCGAUGCAGGAACUAUGAUCUCCAAUGAUGCUGAUGGACGUCCUGGUUGUAACCUGACUCCACGCUACACUACUACUGGCAUCCGGGCGGACGUGAAGGUUGGCUAGUAGUAUUCUCCAACCGUUCGAUAACUUAUAUAGCCCGACUAUUAUCUGCCUUUAUGUGGGAAAGGGAAGGCCGUAAGACCACAACUCGUGAAACUGUAAAAAAGCCACUGACUGCUCCUGCCAUUGACCUGGCCAAACAUGUCUGAGCUCACCAUCCCAAAAACGCAAACCGCCGCAAUCGUCCGACAACAGGGCGGCCCGGUCGAGUUCGACGACAACUACCCUGUCACACUGCCGAAAGAGGACGAGGUUCUGGUCAAAGUGCUAUAUACGGGAGUUUGCCAAAGUGACCUCCAUACCAAGGCGGGGACUGCUCCAGGAGCCGAUGGCCGGCCCAUCACCAACAUCAAGCUUCCUCACGUCGGAGGACACGAAGGUGUCGGGCGGGUUGUCGCGUUCGGCCCCAACCUGAAGCCUAGCGAAACCCUUCAGCUAGGCACAUUGGUUGGCAUUCGCUUUGCCUCACGCGUAUGCCAUGAGUGCGAGUACUGUCUUUCCGGUAGGGAACAAUACUGUCAAAAGGCAACAAACCAUCUGCACCAUGAAGAUGGAAGCUUUCAGCAGUACUGUGUCCUGGACACAAAGUACUUGACCAUGUUACCGCAGGACAUUGAUCCGAAAGUGGUCGGCCCUGCGCUCUGCGCCGGAGUGACAGCAUACAAAGCCGUUCGCAAUACUGAUGUGAAACAAGGAGAAUGGCUUACCGUCAUUGGAGCGGGUGGUGGCCUGGGCCAUUUCGCAGUACAAUAUGGUCUCGCCCUAGGUGCCAAAGUUCUCGGUGUCGAUGCCGGCGAUGACAAGAAGCGGUUCGUGGAGUCCCUCGGGGCCCAGUUCCUGGAUUUCUCAAAGUGUCAGGAUCUGGCAGGCAAAGUCAGGGAUGUCACAGCUGGAGGCACUCAUGCAGUGGUGGUCACCAGUGGCCACCCUGGCGCUUUUCGGAAUCUGGUGGACAUGAUCAGGAUCGGCGGGUCUCUGUGUAUGGUGGGCAUUCCACCAGGAGAUGUGCAUCUAGACACCCCCAUCGCCACCAUCGUCAUCAGAGGUCUAAAAAUCCAAGGGAAUCUGGUAGGCUCUCUAAAAGAGACCUUGGAGGCUGUGGAAUUGGUUCGAGUUGGCAAGGUGAAGCCGCACGUCCAGGUCAGACCUUUCCGGGACCUCCCAGAAGUAUACGAGAUGUUGGAGAAAGGUGACAUACCUGGUCGAAUUGUCUUGCAGCUAUAGGACGCCCGCAUUGACAGAUGCGCGCAACGAAAGCAUCCAAUUGUUGUGGGUCGCGCUGUUUCUGAAUGUCCUCCGGGCCCCCUCUAACCUCUGU